GUCCCACGUACGUUCCUCAAAAUAAUUUUGUGAGACUGCUCUAAGCUUUUUGCCAGAAGAACCAGAGACUUCCUCUUCUGAAAGUUUUGCUGAUCUUUGCAUACUUCAUCAAUUCAUUCCUUUCUCCGACGAAAAUAAUGGCAGUGGGAGAGCUCUUUCUUUCUGCAUUCCUUCAAGUGAUGUUUGACCGAUUGGCAUCUCCUGAGUUGCUGCAAUUCGCUCGCAAAGAGGGACUUCGAAAACAGCUGGACAAGUGGGCCAAAACGUUGACAAGAAUUCAAAAGGCUCUUCAUGAUGCAAAGGAGAAGCAAUACACCAAAAGGAUAGUGAAACAGUGGCUUGAUGAUCUCAGAGACUUGGCCUAUGACUUGGAAGAUAUACUAGACGAGUUCACCACGGAAGCAGCUUUGCGACGCAAGUUGAUGGGUGAAAGUCAAGUUAGCACUAGUAAGGAUAUGAAGAACCCACGCCCAAAGGACUAGACGAGGCUGACUAGUCCACGGAGAGAUGACAAAGAACUGAAAACUACGUUUAUCCACUUUCUGAACGCGAUUUUGGAGAUCAUAGCCGAGCUGUUCACAAUUUAGUAGAAUAGAUUUUAAUUCCAAACUGUAUUUGGGCGCUAUUUCCAGUACUUAUGUUGAGACCUUUUGGAUAAGUGUGGUAACUUUUG